UUUCUCCUAUUUUGUAGUUGAUAUAAAGACUUAAGGGUAAACCGAUAACUCUGAUAUCUUAAUACUUAUAAAGCCAAAAAUGGGCCGGUACGACCUGAAGGCUCUGCAGUCUGAUCUGAGAAGUGAGCUGAAGAAUGGAUUAUCCAAGGAUUCCGUGGAGAGGGUGAAAGAGCUGAUGUCCCAGUACAAAAGUUCCCCCAAAGACUGGGAGGGCAAGGAACUAUGGAGUGACGAAAAAUAUACGAGGACUUUGUUGGACAAAGGGAAUGGUCUUUACAAUCUGAUGAUACUCUGUUGGAAUAGAAAUCAGGAAAGCCCUAUACACAAUCACCCUAACUCCCACUGCUUCAUGAAGACUCUAAAGGGUGAAGUGUUCGAAGAGCUGUAUAAAAAUCCCGAUGUGACGUCAUGUGGAUGCAAAAUGGAGAAGAUAGCAGAUAGAGUAUACAAACUCAACGAUGUAGCCCAUAUCACUGACGAAGACGGCCUUCACAGAGUUGGAAACAAAAGUCACGUGGAUGGCGCAGUUACCCUUCACCUUUAUUCUCCGCCAUUUUCCACGUGUCGUAAGUAUGAUGACGACACAAGUAAAUAUACAGAGGUUCCAAUGAGGUUCGACCAGGACUUUAGCGACCAGUUUAGUUUUAUAUAAACUAUGUAUGAAGUGCAAAUAUUGCUUUCAACGUUUCAUGUUUAUUUCAUUCUUAA